AUGUUGGCGGGUAUAGGACGUUUCCAGCGUUUCCAGAUACGACAAUUUUCAAGUUCUGGCAAAUGUCUAUCUAACAUUGGAAGAAAACCUUUGAAAAUUAUCGAUGGUGUUAAAUAUUCUGUUGAAUCAAUACCUGUUGAAUUUUGCAAGUCGUUUACCAAGAGAAACACCAACUAUAUUUUAGACCGACAGGUUGUUGUCAAAGGUCCACUCGGGACCAUAAAGACCGAAAUUCCACAAUUCUUUCAGGUUGAACCUUCUCAAGAUGACCCUUCUUACCUACAUGUGAGUGUUCAUGAUCCAGAUAAUAAAACACAGAGAUCAUUGUGGGGUACUUUGCGAUCAGCAAUUCAAAAUGCUAUUACAGGUACUUCCGAGGGCCAUAUGGCCAUUUUGAAAUUCGUGGGUACUGGUUAUAGAGCUAUUUUAGAGAAAAAUGACAAAGGUGAGGAUGUGAUUGCGUUGAAACUAGGAUUUCCAUAUACUCCCAAAUUAGUGGUUCCCAAGGGACUCAAAGUGUCCAGUCCAAACCCAGCUAGAUUAAUAGUUGAAGGUUGCGAUAAACAACAAGUGAAAUUGUUUGCAGCUGUAAUUAGAGAACAUAAGAAGCCCGAGCCAUAUAAGGGUAAAGGAAUAUUUGUUGAUGGUGAGACAAUUGUAUUAAAAGAAAAGAAAAUCAAGUGA